AUGGACAAUUCAGAAGAUGAUUUCUCAUUAAACUUUGAAAACUCUGAAGAUGAUAAUAAAAUUUGCAGCUAAAUGGAGAGAGUUAAGUCAAGCAGCAGAGUAAACUUUUCAAAACUCAGUGAGAUUGAAAAAAACAUAAGACUUAAAAAUAUGGCUUAGGAGAUUAGAAAAUUAAGAAAAUAGUUGAGAUCUGCAAAAACACAGGCCAUUAAAAAAUAACAAGAUUAUAAAUUCCAAUCUCUCAGCAAAUUUGGAAAAGUUCUCUAAUAAGCAAAGAACCUUAAACUCAGAGAAGCUGAUAUGUCUAAAAAUGAGCCUGAUAAAUAUCAAAGUACUAGAAAGUUAAAGAAAAAAUAAUUUUUUCAACCCGCAACAUAUAUCAAUCUAAAGUAGCGAUACAAUUCAAUAAUCCAAGAGUGA